GAGUAUUUGAUUUUAUCAUCGGUGAUGAAAACAAGAAAACAAGGAAUGCAUCUACCUGUUCGUGACUAUUUCUACUUUUAGUAACUGUAUUCGACCAAAAGUUCAAAAGGCAACCCGCGUUAAUAAAUUCCCCAAGAUAGAAAUUUUCGUCGCCUUUAGAAGACUUCAGUGAAUAACGUAAGAGCAAGAAACAGGAGACAACCCUUCCUGUGGUGUGGUAGAGAUACGGGAACAAAUUGUUUAACAAAACUUGGUCAGUGUACCUUUAUCCUGCGAUACUACAAAACAUGUUUCUACUGAUUUUUUUUGUGCUAUUGUUUUCUACUGUGAACUCUCUAAAACCACCAUGCCCGAAGGUGUUAGCUUUAAACAUUACAACAGGAAACCGAUAUGGCAGUCUGAUAGUAAAAGACGAUGUAACGUUUAAUGAAAACAACUAUUUUGCCGAAAAUGGAACUAUCUACGGUUGCAUCUGUAAUAUAAAGAAUUGUAUAAGAAAAUGCUGCGGUCCGACUGAAAUUAUGGUAAAUCAUACAUGCACUCCAGAGCACACUACUUUGAAUUAUAAAAUACAUAGUGGGACUGUUGUGAUUAAUUCCCCGGUAAAGCAUCAUUUAAUCCAUAACAUGGACUGUGAUUUUUACAGAACAUUGUUACGGCCACACCACAGUGAUACCGAUUCAUUUUAUAUACAAGAAAAUGGCUCUAUAUAUUUACCUAAUUUCUUGAAACAUAAAAUGCGCAACCCAGAACAUUUUUGUGUUGAAACUUUUGAAGAUGACAUGUUUGAGAUGCGUAGAAUGACGUCUGCAUUAGUAUGUAUUGACUCCGACGAAAUUGAAGAAGAAGAUACCGCUGCACAAGUUGUAGAUCUUUAUGGGAUGAUAAUAUCUAUGCCAUUCCUUCUAUUAACAUUCAUCGCUUAUGCACUACUACCGGACAGAAAUCUUCACAUGAAAGCUUUAAUGAUUUAUGUUAUCAACUUGAUGCUAGGCUAUUUACUUCUGGUAAUCAUUCAACUUAGUGAAAUCAGGUUUAGUGAUGGAGUCUGUACUGCCAUGGGUUAUUUUUGUGUAUUUUUCUUCCUGGUGUCCUUCUUUUGGAUGAAUGUUAUAUGCAUCGACAUCUGGUUCGCAUUCAGUGGUUUACGAGGUUUCUCUGGUAGCAAGAAAACGGCAGAAAGAAAAAGAUUUUUCAUGUAUUGUGGGUACGCAUUUGGCAUGCCUGUGCUGCACGUCCUGGUUGUCCGUUUAAUUGAUUCAAGCCUUGCCCAAAACUCUGAUUUCAAGCCUGGAAUUGGAACUGGUCAAUGUUUCUUAAAACGAGGCUUCCCUGAACUUCUGUACUUUUAUGGACCAAUGGCAAUUCUGAUUACCAUAAAUAUAAUUUUGUUUACUAUAACUGCGUUCAAAAUUAGGAGUGUUAAGAAAGAAACAUCUAUGUUGAAGAAGGAAGACAGUAAGCGUCACAGUUAUGAAAAUGAUAAGCAAACGUUCAACCUCUACCUCAAGCUGCUGUUUGCCAUGGGAAUCAACUGGUCGAUGGAGAUAAUUUCUUGGGCUGUGAUAUGGGCAGGAAGGGCACCCGAUGCCAUCUGGUACUUAACCGAUUUUUGUAAUGCCAUAUAUGGAGUUUUUAUUUUCUUCAUAUUCGUCUUCAAAAGAAGCAUUUGGAAGUUGCUAAAGAAGCGUUAUUACUCGUUUAUUGGCAAAACACAUUUGGCUCACUCUCUGACGAUGACAAACACAACGAGAGUUACAAGCUACUCUGUUACCAAUUCCUCGGUUCAUGAAAAUCCGCAUGGAGUAGCAAAUGACAGCAGUACGUUAACCAGCUAUGCAUAAAGAAGUUGUUGGAGGAAAUUUGAAAUGUAUUUUUUGUUGUUUUUUUAAUGAUGUUUUAGAGUUUUUAUUUAAACAAAAGGUAAACUCUAUUUCUCGAAAAAUUAUAUUUUUGGUAAAAUGUUUUAGUCAAGAAUUCCUUUUAUAUGAUAAAAGAUAAAUUCGUUUGAAA